GCUCUUGAUAUAAAGACACUGACAACUUUAAAAACAGCACUGUUCACAAACUAGUGCUGCACUUUAAGCUAAAGUCACCCCCUCAGUCCUGGUUUGAAAACAACUCCUUGAUUGGAACAAAUGACUGGCUACUAAUCGAGUAAAAUGGAUAAAAAUACUAAUCUACCCAUUCUACUUUAACAUUUUACUGUGAGGAAAUAGCAGACAAUUUGCAUGGAGUAGGGAAGCGUUAUCUCUGUGCUGAUGUGUCCUCAGGUUUUAAAUAUUCCUCACAAGACUGAUUACUGUUCCCAGGGGUUGUUUUUGAUGAUUUGCAUGGUGAUCAUCAGUUUAACUUCAAAGUUCAUGAGAACCCACAGCCCCUGAAAACGGAUGCCACAAAGGAAUAUUUCAGUGGCAUAAAUAUUUCAGCAGUAAACAGGCUCGCCAUGCAUAAUAUCCAUUUGUGCGCUUUUGACCGCUAGACUGUGUUCCAGUUCUUCUGAACUAACAUGUUACUGUGAGACCUCAGAAACAGAUUAUCCACCCUCUGUAUUGACACGGAAUGAACUGAAGCGAGGUUUGAGGGCCUCUUUGUUGCGAGCAAUGGAUUUACGCAAACUUGCUGUUGUAACGGUUCUUUUUUGUCCCAAUGAAUGUUUAGUACAGCUCUCAGCACUUCUAUCUGGACAGUUGCUUAAAGCCCUCCAUUAUUGAACUUAACGCUGGGCUGGCAGUUGCAUUCAACAACUGCCUCACAUAGGCUAUUUUUUUUUUCUUUUUUUUUUAAGUUACCCCCCACCCUAUGACAGGCCACAUCAACGGGAAAUGUUCAGUAGUCUGCUAUGUUCUGAUAGAUUUGGAAAGCGUAUCUGCUUUAGUUGCAAAAGAAAAAGUAGAUGAAACUAAACUUGAAUGUACGUUGUUGAACAGACAAUUAUGUAGACUCUCCGAUUGAGCAUUCACAUGAACAUUCCCCUCUUUUUUCACUCAGUCUGACUCAUAAGCACAUCACACAUAGUCAUAGCGGAAAAUUGCAACUGCAAGUUUUUUUGAGCACUCUGCAAAACAUGGUUUCACAACCUUAAAACACUUCACUUAGGUAGCAAGGUAAAUGAUCUACUUCGUACACUUCACAGAUCUCAGAUUUAACCUCAAGAAAUACUGGUCAGGCUACCUUAAAGAAUAAACACAGCUGAUGUGGAGUCAGCUUUGAAAGAAUGCCAUUUGUGGAUGUUGUGGGAAUUAAGCUUUUUUUUGCAGACAUUAACACAGGACACAACUUCAACUAAAGUGAAUGCAGCACACCUUUUCACUCUGUGUUGACUGCAGUCAUUCUAGCAAGCCACUAGUGCACUGAAAACCAUCUUAAAGGUAUUUUGAAUUUAAAGCUAUUUCAUACUUCUUAUGCGAUGGACCUGCUUUAGUGCAUAUAUACUCAAAGCCGGCUCUAAAGGCGUGUUUGUAUGCAAAGUGCACACUGCUUUGUGCAAAUAAUCGAAGACAACGCCGUCCCAUUGAAUCUGAACACGUACAAUACACUGUGAGUGUAAUGUGGCCUGUGGACACUAGCACCCAGGGGGUUUAACCUCCUUGCUAACACACCCAUUUCUGAGGGUGCGGGUUUGAGUCCCAUACAGGACUGUGCCUCUCACAACCCAGGUUCCAUGAGCGCACACUACUCAACAUUGCUGUACAUGCAUGUCUACAGGUACACAUAAGGCCUUAUGUCAUGUACUGCACAGACUACAAAUAUACAUGCUGGUUCACAGAAAACAUUGUAAAGUUUACAACUUGUUCUGAGUUAACUUACCCAUACUUGUCACAAAACCAUGUACUUGGAAUACCCCCAAAGUAAAAGCUACCAGGUGACAUCAUGGCCACGUGCUUUGCUUAAGGACAGCUGCCAUUGAUGGGCCUAUAAUGGCCAAUGCAUGUUGGAUGUCUAUCAAUAAAUACAUGUCACACUGCGAAAUUAGGGUGCCUUGACAAUCGGUACUGUGCUCAUCAUAUCUAUCAUAAAGCAAAGGUUGUAGUCUGUAUCUUAUAUGGCCUAACUGGUGUGCUGUUUAAUCGACUAGAGGCAGAAUGCAAAUGCACUCUCAGUGUUAAUAACAUGUCCCACAUUGUCCCACACAAACGUAUUACUUCCCUUAUUUGGUCUAGAGCUUGUGCUUAUAGGGAGGAUUACAGAUCAGAUCACCCUUCCACAGGCUACGCACCUCGGUGCCCAAUACUGGAGGGAACAUGUAGGGAACGUCACUCAAACCUGUGCCCAUAAUCAGUCUGUAGGCUACAACAAACUUGAGCCUUUACAGGCUUUUCAAAAAUAGAUAACCGUAAUGUACCUUGGCCGUAACGAUAGUGUAUCAAGUGACUAGCCCUAUGUUAUAGCUGUGGCCCAGAUAAUGUGUGAGUCCUGCAGACCAGGGCCCGGCUACCACAUCUCUAGACUUGGAGUGUCAGGCUUGUCACAGCUAAAUUCAUUAUUCAUUAAAUUCAUUCCUUUUUUUCACCUUCACAGCAAAAACUUGUCACAUAAAACUAAAUUAUGGUAAGGGCCCUUCCAGUCACAGGAGUUGUCACAAGAGUAAGUGUAAUUAUAGUCAUCUCAUGUGUCAUUACAAGUAGGCCUAUCGAUUGUAACUUAAGACAACACAUUUAACCAUUAUUUAAUUGUAGCAACAGAUAGCAACGUGAACAUUUCUUUCAGCAAUUUAAUGAGUUAACAAUGAUUAUCAGAAAAUGAUCAAAAUGAACACAAAUAAAGUUAGCGUUCUUAUGCUUUUAGUGUACAUACAUUGAAACUGAAAACAACGAAGCAUUGUAUGCAUUCUUUCUCCGCAGUCUCGAAUUCAUGGCUGCUAUAAUUUCUAGCCACUAGAUGUCACUGUGCUGUCUGUCGUUGAUGCUUCGAAAACUUCGGAUAUUGUUUCGGCACAAUCGAGAAGAAGCCUCAAAAGCUUCACAAGGCGUUGUCCGCCCAUCCCUAAUUACUAAUAGGUUCCCCAUUAAGCAUUUCUGGUUUAAAUUUAAAAAAAAAACAUGGUCAACUUCAUUAAUUUCCAGUCAGUAGAUUGGAGACCAACCGACACACAAGGGAAACAGAACCCUUUCGAUAGAACUCGAUCUGGGAUUGGAGAAUCUAAAAAGGCGGGGUUUGACUGAGGGUCAAAUGUGUCCUAGGUAUCUUUUUGUUUUUUAAUCAAUCACAUCCUAACCACUAGCUUAGUGGUAUUACCAUAAUUCAAGAAUAUCUGCAAGUUUUAAAAGAACAAGAGGCAUGAUGGACAAUGUGGAGAGAGAACAUGCAGUCAGGACCACACAGAAUUGCUGGUGACCUCUCUUUGAGGAGCACGUCCCCAGUGGUGUGGAUAGGAUGGAACAUGGGACACAAGUCAUAGUUUGCAGUAACGGACAGAGUGGCUUCUGUGACUCAUCUAAGGCACCGCACUGGACUUGACGAAAGAGCUGACGGGACCAGAAGGAUUGCAGAAUGUUUAUGAACUUUAGGAGGAUCCGAAAAUGUCAGUGUCUCCAACUUAUCUCCAUGUGCUUUGUCCUGUCUGUGCUGACGUUGUGCUGGGAGCAGCUGGACCACCAUGUGGUGAGACACAUGAAGUCCUACUCGUACCGCUACCUGGUUAACAGCUACGACUUCAUCAACAAGAGUUUCAGUGUUAGUCCAGAAGAAGCAGAGAGUUUCUGCAGUUUCCCAUAUCUGCUCAACCACCACGAAAAGUGCAAUGGGAAGGAUGUACUGCUGCUGCUGUUUGUCAAGUCCUCCCCAGAGAACGUGGAGAGGAGACAGGCCAUUCGCUCCACAUGGGGAAAUGAGAGCUACAUACAGGAGGAACUGGGGGUGACCGUGAGAAUGGUGUUCGCCCUCGGGGUCCAUCCGCACCCCCACCAAAAGGCCAGUAUCCAACAGGAGCUCCGUAGGGAAGACCUGCUCUACAAAGACCUCGUGCAGCAGGACUUUGAGGACACUUUUCACAAUCUAACAGUCAAGCUCCUACUGCAGUUCCGCUGGGCACACGCCAAUUGUGCUCACGCCAGCUUCCUCAUGUCGGCAGAUGAUGACAUCUUCAUCCACAUGCCCAACCUGGUGCGCUAUCUUCAGGGCUUAAAGGCAAAUGGGGUACAGGACUUUUGGGCAGGCCACGUUCACCGUGGGGCCCCGCCCAUCCGCCGGAAAGACAGCAAAUACUACAUGCCUUACGAGAUGUACCAGUGGCCUUCCUACCCAGAUUACACUGCAGGGGCCGGCUACGUGGUGUCAGGAGAUGUGGCCGCCAAAAUUUACCAGGCCUCUCUGUCGCUGAAUGCUACACUUUACAUCGACGACGUGUUCAUGGGAAUUUGUGCCAAAUCCAUGGGGGUGUCUCCCCAGGAACAUGUUUACUUUUCAGGGGAGGGAAAGGCCCCCUAUCAUCCCUGCAUCUAUGAAAAGAUGAUCACCUCACACGGACACGUGGCCGAUGUCAGGCACCUCUGGAAGAUGGCCACUAACCCAAAGAUCGAAGGCAUUUCCUCUGGGAUAAUGGGGAAAUUAUACUGCACUGCAGUUAAAGUCAUGCUCCUCUGUAAACCUUACUAUAUGAACACCUACCCUUGUAAGGCGGCUUUUUCAUAGUGUACUAUGGGAGAAGAUAUAGUCUUUUAAUGUGUUAUUCUUUUUAUUGUCUGCUGUCAUUUCCCCAAAGAACCAGAGGCUAAAGCUAUGUACUUAAGUUAUGUGUUCACCAGUGCUGCCUUUUCGGCGUCAUGGAAACUUGACCAGGUGAUUUUGAAACCCCUCUGUAGUUGUGGCUUAGAUCAAGACCACCUUAUGGGUGUGAUGACUGUAAUCCUCGAAAGGGAAGUCAUUUGGAGACGUACCUCAUAGAUUUGUGUUUAUCUUCAGGUUUCUAUGCCAUCAUUCUGAAUUAAACAGAUUGAUCGUAA